CGGGCUUCUCGUGCGGCCAGGCCGAGGCGGAGGAUCCCGCUGGUGCCGGAGAACCUGCUGAAGAAGCGGAAGGCCUACCAGGCGCUGAAGGCCACGCAGGCCAAGCAGGCGCUCCUCAGCAAGCGCAAGCACCAGAAAGGGAAACAAAUCCAGUUUAAACGUCUUGAGACUUUUGUUCGAGAUUCAUGGCGCAAACACCGAGACGAAGUCCGGCUGAGGCGCAUGAAACAGAGACCUGGGCAGGUGGCUGUACCUCAGGAGCACAAACUAGCCUUUGUCGUACGAAUUGUAGAGAUUAAGGGAGUGAGUCUGAAGGUACGAAGAGUGAUUGAGUUGCUUCGGUUGAGAAAGAUUUUCAGUGGAACGUUUGUUAAACUGACUCCGUUAUCUCUAAAGAUGCUGCGGAUUGUGGAACCUUAUGUGGCAUGGGGGUACCCUAACCUGAAGUCUGUACGAGAGCUCAUUCUGAAACGGGGUCAAGCCAAGAUUAACAAGAAGAGGGUUCCUCUGACAGACAAUAUGUUGAUAGAGGAACAUUUAGGAGACUGUGGUAUUAUUUGCCUGGAAGAUCUUAUUCAUGAAAUCUACUCAGCUGGGAAAUAUUUUCAAAAAGUCACAGACUUUCUGUGGCCGUUCCAUCUGUCAGUGGCUCGCCAUGCUGCACAUAAUAAAGUGGGUUUCCUCAAGGAAAUGGGCAAACCUGGCUGCAGAGGUGAAGGAAUCAACCAGCUUAUACGUCAGCUGAACUGAUGAGGUGAGGAACACCUGUAGGGUAACUUCUAAAUCUUACCCUUUAUCUGGUUUCCUAAGAGUAGCUCUACUGCCAUCGGAGAUGAGAAGGACUCCUUUGUUUUUGAUUCUUCCUUGUACAAAAGUGACUGUCCAAGGCAGAGGAAACUUAAGUACGUAGGGAAGUGAGAAUGGCUGUCAAGGUGAAGAUUGUGGGGCCUGUCAGGCGUUGGCAAAUACUACUGGACUUCUUAAAGGCCUGACUUAAGGGAGGCUGUUUUAAAUUGACUGUUAAACUUUUUUUUUUUUGGUCUCGUGUUCUGCAGGGUCUUUGUGAAAACUUUAGGAUUUAUGAGCUGUUCCUUGUCAAAUGUAGUUUUCAUGGACAUCUGGCUCUGUGCUAUGAAAUAUUACAACCCUCUCCUGACUGUUGCUGGCUUUUUACUAAAGUGUGUUAUGGUGGCCUAUGUUGAGGAAGAAGAAAAGGUGCAUUUGGUGCAACAAAGAGGUGACUUGAACUUUCUGGAGCAAGCCCAUUUCUGUGUGUCAACAAAACACAUUUUUUAGAUGCUUUACUACAGUUUUGUAUCCGCCACCUCCUGCCCCUAACUUUGGCAACAAGCAUGGGUUGUCAUGUAUUGUUUUAAACUUCUUUGGCAGUUUAUUUGCAUUGUUACUGCUUUGAUCCAGUUCUCCUUAAGUGCUUGAAACUGCACUUGCUGAUGAAGUGCACUUCUCAGGUAUACGCAGGUAUUACAGUCACCUGCUUACAAUUAUUUUCUCUUCCUGUCAGCAAAAUAGUACUCGCUGUAUUCCUCAGUUACUGCAGCACAAGCACUGGUGGGGAAAAAUAUAACAGCAUUUCUGGAAGUACAUGAAUCAUACUUAUUUUAGAAGCCAUGAUUCUGUGCUGUUAACUUAGCCCAACCUGAAAGACAUCCUUUAGUAUGUCAAGACUGCUGGAGAUCAACUGUCCUCCAGUAGGAAAGCCCAUCAACUCUACAGCCAUGUUAUAGGAUAUAUAAGAUCAAUGAUUUUUAAAUAAAUUUAAAAAAACUUUUGAAAGACUCUUACGUUGUAUGACUUAUGACCUGGGCCAAUAAAUGCAACUCUCUAGGUUCUGGAACAAUGCCAUCUGUUGUUAUAAACUAUUUAUACUUUAAAUGAGUUUGCUGCUAUAAAAGUGAAUAUUAAGAAGUACCUACUAUGAUCUGGAGUAUAUAGACCAUCUAACAUAUGGAGCAACAAACUUUGAAAUAAAGAACACUUGAAAACUG